AAUCCAAAAAAAAUUAUGUUUUACUCUUCUUAAAAAAAAUUAAAAGUUGUCUGAAAAAUUUUUCUUUUUGAGAAAAUUCCCGGAAAAGUUGGAAAAAUUAUUUGCUUUUGUGAAAAUUCCCCGUGAAAAUGUCUCUCUAUCGUGUCAGUUUCCUACCCAGAUCUUUUUAUUUGGAGCGAAAGGAUUGCGCCAGAGGAUUGUGCUUGAAGAUUUCUCUCGAGGGAGCUUUUGAAAUUCAUUUUCCCAUUGAGAAGUUUUUCUCAGCUGGGGGGAAGAAGGGGGUUUGUUUUCGAGGGAAAAAAUGCAUUUUCCACUUGAAGGAAUGCACCUGCAAGGAAGCUCAGCUCAUCUUCUCCCUCCAUCGGAAGUGCUCCACCUCCACUGAUGAUCUCCUUGCCAGUAAUUCAGUCCAUAUUACGGAAUUUGAGCAACUUGAAACGAAGCUCAAUUUAAAACGCGAAAAAGCAGUGAAGAAGGAAAAAGAAAUCCCGGAAACGAUUGAAAAGUCCACCUGUGCCUCAUCCAGUAUUGGAUCCUUCGAUGCCUGUGAAUGUGAUGAUGGGGAAAGUCUCUCAACGUGCUUGAAAGCCAAAAAGCUCAUUCCUCUGUUGAACUGUUCCGGGGAAUCCGUUGCAUUCGUUGUGAUUUGCAUGAAUUUCUCAAUUCUUGGAGAGACUCUUGUGGAGGAAUUUGCCUACAGAGCAGGAAUGGAACCCCUGGCAAGUGUGAGAGCUAAUAAAUCUCUCAUUUUAUCUUGUGGAGAAACUUCAGCGAAAGAUACGGAAGAAGAAGAGGAAGAGGACGCAUAUGAAACCUACAGUCGUUGCUUGGAACGAAUGCUGCUUUGCAUGGGAAUUGAUCCACCGCCUAAAGAAAAUUUUCAGAGGGCCCCCAGGAGGCCCAUACGGGGCGUAAUCAACCACCCAAAACUGCCACAAAUCAAGGGCAAUACAAAGUACCCAACUCGUUGCUUUUGCCAUGAGCUGAGGUCAUCGAAUGAGGUCAUCACCCAGCCGGAGUUGCCUCAAGUGCCCACUGAUUGUGAGUUACAUGUUAAAGUAUCCGGUGACACUCUCUGCCCACUCGUUCCCUGCUCUUCCAUUGAAUUCACCUGGAAACUCCCAGAAAUCCCCCCAAAUUCCCUCCGGACGACUGAAACGCAAAUUGAGGAAGAUCUUCUCAAAUCUCCAAAGAUUGAUCCGGAAACUCCUAUCGGAAGUGUCGCAACCACCCCCACAACACCCAAAAAAUCCAAAAAGAAGCUGAAAGGCAAGAAGACUGGGCGAAAGGCGCGAAAAUCAAAGAAAACGUGAUUAUCAUUUUGAUGCCUAGAAAAGCGGAACGAUCAUCUGAACAAUUUUUUUUCAUUUAUAAAUUCAUUUUUG